AUGGCCCCUAACACUGGCGCAGCCCAGAGGUUCAUAACCUUCGUGAACGCGUCACCGACGCCUUUCCAUGCUGUAAGAAAUGCGGCCAGUAGGUUAGAGAAAUCUGGUUUUGUCAAAUUGCACGAGAGCGAUGCAAACUGGGAUUCCGCGUUGAAAGGAGGAGGAAAGUUCUAUUACACCAGAAACCAGAGCUCCUUGAUCGCGCUUACUGUUCCAAUCGGUUUCAAACCUGGAUCGGGAGUUUCGAUUGUUGGUACACACACUGAUUCUCCAAACCUUCGCAUCCGUCCAGUUUCCAAGAAGUCAAAUGUUGGAUACCUCCAAGUCGCGUGCGAACUCUAUGGAGGUGGCAUCUGGCACACGUGGUUCGACAGGGAUCUGUCCAUUGCUGGCAGAGUCAUAACGACAGACGAUGAUGGGGGAUUUUCUUCCCGUCUCGUCAAAGUCGAUCGACCCAUUCUUCGCAUCCCCACGCUUGCAAUCCAUCUCGAUCGAAGUGUCAAUACUUCCCUACAAUUCAACAAGGAGACUGAAUUUGUUCCAAUACUAUCUCUCAUCAAUGAGCAGCUUAAUGCGCCCAAGAAGCACUCUUCACUCCCGAAAGGAAGUAGUAUAUCCAACAACCAUCAUCCUGAGCUUAUUUCGCUUCUGGCGAAAGAGCUUAAUGUGUCAGAAGAUCACAUACAUGACUUUGAACUGCGAAUCUCAGCUUCUUCUCAUGGUUGUUUGCGCAGGUCUCUAUACGACACUCAGCCCAGCACUCUCGGGGGACUGAACGACGAAUUUAUUUUCUCUCCCCGCUUGGACAAUCUCAUGUCAACAUUUUGCGCGGUAGAAGCCAUUUGCGAAAGCGUCUCCAGCGAGAACUUUGCUCGUGUGGAGUCCUCGCGAGCGGGUCAGGUUAAUGUGAUUGCAUGCUUUAAUCACGAGGAAGUCGGUUCGGUAUCCGCAUCCGGGGCACAGGGGUCCCUCGUACCCCAACUUCUCAGUCGUCUAUCACCAACACCAUCUUUGCUAUCCAGCUCAAUCGCUCAUUCUCUCCUCAUUUCGGCUGACAUGGGUCACGCUGUGCAUCCCAAUCAUUCAUCCAAACACGAGGAGAAUCAUAGACCAAAAUUAAAUGGUGGCGUUGUGAUCAAGACUAACGCAGAUCAGCGUUACUCGACUGACGCGAUCGGAACUUUUCUCGUUCGCCAACUAAUUGAAAAGCGUGGAGGAAACGUGCAGGAAUUUGAAGUCAGAAACGACAUGUCAUGCGGUAGCACCAUUGGGCCAGCAUUGUCAAAAAUUGGAGUUAGGGUGGUGGACGUAGGGACGCCUAUGCUUUCAAUGCAUUCUAUUCGAGAAACGGCAGGGUCAGCAGAUGUUGAUUCUUACAUCACUCUGUUUGGCGCAUUUUUCGAGGGCUUCGCCAAUCUGGAUAAGUCAUUACCGAUUGAUUGA